AUGAGCUCUACCAUUCCAAUGGAAGACAACGUCAGUUACACUCCUCCUGAUCCAAAAAUCUUUUUUGACAUGCCAGCUGAAAUGCAACAAAGAAUUGCAAGAACAUUUACACCUCAAGAAAAAACAAUCUUCUCGUUGAUGUGCCCCCAAUCGGAAAAGCUCAUUGCUAAUCUCAGAUUCCCUUUGAUGAAAUUACCCUUGUUGGCUCGCCGGCUUGUAGUUUGUUUUAUGUCUAUUGAAGAGAAAGUCUUCUACUCCUCCCUCUCAAUGAAGUGCAUGAGACUCACUUGUUCUGUCAGCCCAAAAACCGAUUACAUUCGUCUAUUCGUCAGUACAAACAUGAUAAUGGAACUCAAUUUGAAAGAACUACCAUUCAUUCGGUUUAUUUUCAACAUCCAUAGAAAAUCAAUUCCUGAGCGUGCCGUUCCCGUUCCAAAUAUUCAUUCCAUCAAAUUCGAUAUUGGAAAAGGACAAUCUGGAGCUGUGGAAGUAAAGCUAAGAGAAGUUAUUACUCCUGCAAUGAUGUUGAAAGCAGUUACGGAUCUGUUUCGAUGCAAAAACAUCGAUGUAGUUUUUACAUUCAAUCGGAUUCGCUAUGUUUUUAGCUCAAUUAGAGACGUUUUUCUUGGACACACUAUUCGGAGUCUUACGAUUUCCGAAGGAUUGGGGAGUUUCACUAUACACAGUAUCAAAGAGCUCUUCCCAACAGAAAUGUUGAUAUUAGAAGACCAACCUUACGGAAUCACUAGAGAAAUGUUCCAAAAUAAUGUUCUGAAGCAACCACUGCGCUUCAUUUGUCUAGGCAGAGGAGUUCCGAUCAAUUUGCAAGAUUUGCUUGUCAUGGAGAGCAAACACAUCGAGCUCUGGAUGCCGCAUAUUAGUCCGUUUGAGUGGAAUGAAUUCCUGGUCCAUUGGGUUGAGGGAACAUUCAACAAAAAUUUGGAGAGCCUUGCUGUGCAGAUUGACACGCGGAUUCAGCCGUUUACCAACGAAGGAAUAAUUUUGACCGGAAUGCCAAUGAAACCGAUACCAUUGGAGCAACCGUGGGAAUACAUCAUGCCUUAUAGACGUUCAUUGUGGACUGACGGCAGGGCGAUCGAAAGUAGAUAUGAAAUUUAUGGAUAUGUUGGAAAGAAGGCUACAAUCAUUUUUGAAGAAGACAGUAAUGGCAUUCGUUUCAAGAUGGUUGCCUGUCUAGAUCAAGUCUAG